CCAAAGUGGCAAAGUCCCUUAAAAACUCAAUAAUCUCACACUUUCGCUCCUCAUUUUCCUUCUCUUCCCAUCUCACUUCACUCGACACUCUACUAAAAAAGACCUACAAAGAGAAAGCAGCACACUGCCGACGAGCACGCCCAGAAAAAUACAAAAACAAGGGAAACUUUAAAAAAUUAAAUAAAAAUGCGUGUCCUUCUCCUAGUUUUCCUCCUCCUUCAGCUCCACCGUUCCACCGCCGCAAGACCACCGCGUGUGACGGAAUCUGCUGCCCUACUCUCCAUCAAAUCCGCCAUCACUGAUGACCCACUGUCCGCUUUGUCCUCGUGGAACACUUCCACCAGCCAUUGCACUUGGAAAGGCGUCACUUGCGACGCCUCCGGCCGCCAUGUCACCGCUGUGGAUAUAUCUAACUUGGGCGUCACGGGAACCCUCUCCUCUGACGUUGGCCACUUACGGUUCCUCCUCAACCUCAACACCGCCAAUAAUAGCCUCUCUGGCCCCAUCCCACCUGAAAUCUCUAACAUUUGGAACCUCCGCUACCUUAAUCUCUCCAACAAUAUCUUCAACCUUACCUUCCCCAAAGAGCUCUCCCGCUUGAAAAACCUGCAAGUUCUUGACAUUUACAACAAUAAUCUGACAGAUGUCCUUCCAACUGAAGUGUAUUUACUCACCAAUCUUCGCCAUUUACAUCUUGGAGGAAAUUUCUUCUCGGGUCGGAUACCGCCAGAGUACGGCACAUUCCCUAAUCUUGAAUAUCUCGCAGUUUCCGGCAAUGAGCUCACCGGAGAGAUUCCAAAAGAACUCGGGAACCUAACUCGGCUUAAGGAUCUCUAUAUUGGGUACUACAACACAUUUUCUGGUGGUUUACCCAAAGAAAUCGGUAAUUUGUCCCAGUUAGUAAGAUUUGAUGCCGCCAACUGUGCUCUUUCCGGCGAGAUUCCGGCGGAAAUUGGGAGGUUACAGAAUCUAGACACACUAUUUCUUCAAGUGAAUGUUCUUUCUGGGCCCUUGACUCCCGAGAUUGGGGAUUUGAAGAACUUGAAAUCAAUGGAUCUGUCGAACAACAUGCUUUCCGGUGAAAUACCACCGGCAUUUGCCGAGCUGAAAAAUCUGACUCUCUUAAAUCUUUUCAGGAAUAAGCUCACCGGGUCCAUACCGGAGUUCAUCGGGGAGUUACCGGAGCUGGAGGUGUUACAGCUAUGGGAAAACAACUUCACUGGCAGUAUCCCUCAGAAUCUAGGCACCAAUGGGAAUAUACAGGAAGUAGAUGUUAGUUCCAACAAAUUAACUGGAAAUUUGCCACCCAACUUGUGUUCUGGCAAUAAGCUUCAAACAUUGAUUACAUUGGGGAACUUCCUGUUUGGUCCGAUCCCGGAAUCAUUGGGUCAGUGCGAGUCACUGAGUCGAGUUCGAAUGGGUGAGAACUAUCUCAAUGGGUCCAUUCCAAACGGGCUCUUAAGCUUGCCUAAACUAACUCAGGUUGAGCUUCAAGAUAAUCUUUUAUCUGGUACUUUCCCAGUGACUGAAAAAUUGUCCACGAGUCUAGGGCAAAUUAGUCUAUCUAACAAUCAUCUCACCGGAGCUUUGCCCCCGAGUAUCGGGAACUUUGCCGGUAUUCAGAAGCUUUUGCUUGAUGGGAACAAGUUUUCUGGGUCGAUUCCGGCCGAAAUUGGGAAAUUGCAGCAGCUGUCAAAGAUGGAUUUCAGUCACAACAGUUUUUCAGGCCCUAUCGCUCCGCAGAUAAGUCAGUGUAAGGUCUUGACCUUUGUUGAUCUCAGCCGGAACCAACUUUCAGGUGAUAUACCAACUGAGCUAACUACUAUGAGGAUUUUGAACUACUUGAAUUUAUCAAGAAAUCAUAUGGUUGGGAGCAUUCCUGCAUCAAUAUCUAGUAUGCAAAGUUUGACUGCUGUUGAUUUUUCAUAUAAUAAUUUGUCUGGUUUGGUUCCUGGAACUGGUCAGUUCAGUUACUUCAACUACACUUCGUUUUUGGGCAACCCGGAUCUUUGUGGCCCAUAUUUGGGACCUUGCAAAGCCGGCAUUGUCAAUGGAGUCCAAAGGCCGCAUGAGAAGGGGACUUUCUCUCCUUCCAUGAAGCUUUUGCUUGUAAUUGGGUUGCUUGUUUGUUCAAUUGUGUUUGCUGUGGCAGCAAUUAUCAAGGCCCGAUCAUUGAAAAAGGCUAGCGAAGCCCGAGCCUGGAAGCUUACUGCUUUCCAGCGCUUGGAUUUUACUAGUGAUGACGUUUUGGAUUGCUUGAAAGAGGAUAAUAUUAUUGGGAAAGGAGGUGCUGGUAUUGUUUACAAGGGGGUAAUGUCAAAUGGUGAAGAGGUUGCUGUGAAAAGGUUACCGGCAAUGAGUCGUGGUUCCUCGCAUGAUCAUGGGUUCAAUGCUGAGAUACAGACUCUAGGGAGGAUUAGGCACAGGCACAUUGUUAGAUUAUUGGGUUUCUGUUCAAAUCAUGAAACAAAUCUUUUGGUUUAUGAAUACAUGCCAAACGGGAGCUUGGGAGAAAUGCUUCAUAGCAAGAAAGGUGGUCAUUUGCAUUGGGAUACAAGGUAUAAGAUAGCUAUGGAGGCUGCAAAAGGCCUUUGUUAUCUUCAUCAUGAUUGCUCACCGUUGAUUGUUCAUCGUGAUGUCAAAUCGAACAAUAUCUUGCUCGAUUCAAGCUUUGAGGCUCAUGUAGCUGAUUUUGGACUAGCCAAGUUCUUGCAAGAUUCAGGAACAUCAGAGUGCAUGUCAGCCAUCGCUGGUUCUUAUGGGUAUAUUGCUCCAGAGUACGCCUACACACUCAAGGUCGACGAGAAGAGUGACGUGUACAGCUUUGGUGUAGUUCUUUUAGAACUUGUAACUGGUCGGAGACCAGUCGGGGAGUUUGGUGAUGGUGUCGACAUAGUCCAAUGGGUUAGGAAAAUGACGGAUGGGAACAAGGAAGAGGUGCUCAAAAUCCUCGACCCAAGACUCCCUUCGGUUCCACUUCACGAGGUGAUGCACGUAUUCUACGUUGCAAUGCUGUGUGUUGAAGAACAAGCUGUUGAACGCCCCACCAUGCGUGAAGUUGUACAAAUACUCUCUGAGCUGCCUAAACCGCCAAGCAGCAAACCGGGAAACUCAGCCACCACCGAGUCCCCACCACCACCGGUAUUGACUUUAGAGUCACCAAAGGACACAAAAGACCAUCAGCCUCAGACUCAACCACCACCAGAUCUUCUUAGCAUUUAAGGGUUCCCUAUGGAAUUCAGAGUGUUUGUCUUAUCCUUUUAGAUUUGGCAUUUGGUGUUAAUUUUCUCUUUUUGGGGGGUGUAAUUUGCUUUUAAAGUUUCUCUUAAGGUAGAUUUUGGGGGGGUGGCAUUUCUAUUAUUGUACAAAUUAUCUUCAUAAUUUGCUCGUGCUUCUUAAUAUUUUAUUAUAUGCUCUUCUUUUUAGUA